GGCUCCCGAAGACUUAUACUAACUCAUGAUCCGUUCUUACUACCGAUCUCGACUCUCGAAUGCAUCACAUCUUCUGCCAGUGGGAAUACCGGGCAAACACAUUUAUAGUCUAGGGGACUCUGCAAUUACCAGUCGCAGACGCAUAUUGGUGACUUGGUCCAAUCUGGUCACAUCUGGACUGUUCAAACGCUCAUCAUGAUUCAUGCCGACGUCGGUCAUUUCAUGAGGCGGCCGCCGCUACAACCAUACCUCACAAAUGGCAUUUGGUGUUAAUCCAAGAGGUCCUUCAAGUUGGACUUGUGCCCUACCGUGAUGUCAGCGUUGACAAGGAUAUCCGAGUCUGGGUCAUUUACCCAGUCCAACGACGAUGCUGCUACCAUAAAAACCGACGUGUCUGCCUCACAAGAUGCCGAGGGUGAUCCACACCUCGUCGUCCUCGAGCCACAGGAUAAUCCGCAGAAUAUGUCCUUGUUCAGACGGUGGCUUGCAGUCCUAAUCAUCAGUUCCGCCUCUCUAUGCGUGACGUGUGAUUCUUCGAUUGCUGCGUUCACAGAACAGGGUGCCGCCCAAACGCUCCAUGUCUCACAUGAAGUGACCAUUCUCGGAAUUAGUCUGUAUGUGACAGGCCUCGGAAUUGGUCCGCUCCUCGUUGGCCCGUUGUCCGAACUGUAUGCAUCUUAUGUGUUUUUCUUCAUCUUCACAUUCCCCAUAGUGUUCGCUCCUAACAUCGCUGUUUUCUUGGUCUUUCGCCUUAUCACUGGAUUCUGCGGAUCAGCCUUUUUGAGUGUAGCUGGAGGUAGUGUAAGCGAUAUGUUUCCGAAUUCGAGUAUUGCAAGUCCAAUGGCCGUGUAUACAAUAUCUCCACUUAUCGGACCCGUGGCUGGUCCUUUGAUUGCUGGAUUCAUCAAUCAGCACCUAUACUGGGAAUGGACGUAUCGAGUGCAAUUGUGCUGGAUUUUUGUAGAGUUGCUGAUGUUGUCUACAUUUGUUCCUGAGACGUACGUCCCAGUAAUCCUGAAAAGGAAGGCGAAAAGACUACGGGAGUCGACUGGAGAUUCGAAGUUUUACGCUCCUUUGGACAGACGGGAAGGCAGCCUCGCUUCUGCUAUCCUCGUCAGUUGCCACACACCGUUUCAAUUACUUCUAUGCGACCGAAUGGCACUGCUCUUGGAUUCCUGGAAUGCUCUUAUUCUUGGAAUCCUAUACUUGGCAUUCCAAGCAUUCCCUAUCAUUUUCGGAGAUAUUCAUGGUUUUAAUAUGCAAACCACUGGACUAGCGUUCAUUGGAAUUGGACUCGGGAUGCUUUCGGCCAUUUCCACACAACCGCUCUGGAACAGACUAUAUGCCCGUGAAACUGCCAAAUACAAUGGUGAUCCACCUCCUGAGAUGAGGCUUAUUAUGGGUCAAGUUGGAGCUAUACUCGUGCCAGUGGGUUUGUUCUGGCUUGCGUUCACUACAUAUCCGCAAGUCCACUGGAUUGCCCCAAUCAUUGCAUCUGUACCUUUCGGCUCAGGGAUAUAUUUUGUUUUUACGUCAACGUUCACGUACCUCGUCACCGCCUACCGCCCAAUCGCUGCCUCUGCCAUGGCAAGUAACAGCGCAAUGCGAUCAGCAUUUGCCGCUGCAUUCCCGCUAUUCGCUAGAGCCAUAUAUGAUAGACUGGGGACUGUUGGUGCUACCGCUCUUUUGGCCGGCCUCGCAACGCUCAUGGCGCCAUUACCAUUCAUAUUUUACCGAAUUGGCGCGCGAUUGCGGAAGAGUUCCCGUUUCGCAGCACAUUGAUCCUUUUACUCAUACGACCUAUAGAUAUUAAUAUUGUAAAACACUAAAGCUUCAACGCGACGCCAACUUAAUUUAUGAAUUGACACAUCCGCAGCGGUGGCAUUUUACAAGUAUCGCCGUGCCAGAGAUAGGAACCCCCAAGAAACCAAGAUGGAACGACACAUUGUACAUAACUCCAGAUCCGGCAGCCGGCU